AUGGAGGAACACUUGCGCCAUAGUAUCUCCAACCACCCAAAUCCCUUCCAACACUUUCGCAGCGACUCCCCCAGCUCGUCUCACCGAUCCGACAGGAUGUCACCGCGCGCGGAGGCCACCACUUCAGCCCUGGAGACCGAGUCAGCAGUAGCUCGACAGCAUCGCCACGGCACGGAUGAAGAAGGUCAUCAGCCUCCUCGAUAUUCUUCUGAGAGCGACCCAUUCCACCUAGCUUCCAAGCUCAAGACCGACGAGGAAAUCCGCCAGAUCAAAGCCAAUACUUCGCGCAAGCGCGAUGGGUUAUCCCAGAGCUCGAAAAUGAUAGAUCGCGGGAAACAGGCACUUACGAAUCGCAAGCUGCAGGGGUUCUACGAGAACCAGAACGAGAACAUCCAGCGGAUGCUGAAACCCGUCGAGGAACAUGUGCGCGCGGCUCGCGAGUUGAACAAUGAGAACAAUCUCAAGUACAAGAUCGCUGUGUACGGCAGUUUCGCCGCCAAUAUAAUCCUGUGUGUCGUCCAGGUAUAUGGUGCCGCCUCUUCCGGCUCCCUUUCGCUCUUUACCACCAUGGCGGACGCGAUUUUCGACCCAAUGUCCAACCUGACCCUCCUACUAUGCAAUAAAGCCGUGAACCACGUCAAUCCGGCCAAGUUCCCUGCUGGCAAGGCGCGCAUUGAGACGGCUGGCAAUAUUUGCUUCUGUUUUCUUAUGACCGCUGUGUCCUUUAUCAUUAUCGCUUUCUCUAUCCGCGAGGUCGUUCAGGGCUCUGAUACCCUUACCUCGACUUUCCACCUACCUUCGAUUAUCGCCGUCGCGGUGGCCUUUGUCACCAAGCUUUCCCUGUUCACCUACUGCUUUGCCUUGCGGGAGGUCUCCCAAAUUCGGAUUCUGUGGGAGGACCACCGCAACGACUGCCUUAUCAACGGCAUCGGUAUCGCGACAUCUAUCCUAGGUAGCAAAGUUCGCUGGUGGAUCGACCCUAUGGGCGCUAUUCUGCUCUCUUUUCUGAUUAGCGGACUAUGGCUGCACUCCGCUUACGGCGAGUUUCAGCUACUGAUCGGUGUCACUGCAGACAAUAAGAUGCAGCAGCUUAUUACGUAUAUCUCUAUGACGCACUCCCCCCUUAUCACCGCCAUCGACACGGUUCGGGCUUACACUUCUGGCCCUCGUCUGCUGGUGGAGGUGGACAUCGUUAUGGAAGCCACGGAAUCCCUGCGUGCCACCCACGACGUCGCGGAGGAACUGCAAACAAAGCUUGAGUCUCUGCCAGAUGUUGAGCGUGCCUAUGUGCACGUUGACUAUGAGACUACUCACAAACCCGAACAUUUCCUGAAGAAGGAGCUUUGA